AAAAAAAAAAAAGUUCCAUACUCAUCCACUACCUGCGAGACCAAAUUCCACUCUCGCACCUAAUUCCAAAGCUUAUUUACUUCACGUACCAAACCAAAUUAGUUGACACCCUUUGUUUGAGCACUUAUUUCAUUCACCGUUUCUAUUUAUUUCCCACACACAGACACAGAGAACCAGAUCAACUUGCAAAACUUGGUGAUUGGAAAAUUUGAGAGUGAGUACUCAUGGCAAAGAAUGAUGUCAAGGUUCUGGGUGGAUGGCCUAGCCCAUAUGUGAUGAGGCCUAGGAUUGCACUUAAUAUCAAAUCUGUGAACUAUGAGUUUCUUGAAGAGACAUUUGGGUCAAAGAGUGAGCUUCUCCUCCAGUCCAACCCAGUUCAUAAGAAAAUACCAGUUCUGAUUCAUGGUGACAAGCCCAUCUGUGAGUCCAUGAUCAUUGUUGAAUACAUUGACGAGGUUUGGACAUCUGGUCCCUCUAUCCUCCCUUCUGAUCCUUAUGAUCGUGCUAUUCAACGAUUUUGGGCUGCCUAUGUUGAUGAGAAGUGGUUCGCUGCCAUGAAAGGCCUUAGGAGUGCGCAAGGAGAGGAGAGGAAGCCUUUUCUGGAUCAAGUUACUGAAGGACUUGCACUGUUGGAGGAAGCAUUUGGGAAAUGUAGCAAAGGGAAGGCUUUCUUUGGUGGAGAUCGAAUUGGGCUCCUUGAUAUUGCUUUUGGGUCCUUCUUGGGCUGGCUGAAGGUGACAGAGAAGGUAAAUGGUGUGAAGCUGCUUGAUGAAGCAAAGACUCCUGGGUUGGUCAAGUGGGCUGAGAGGUUUUGUGCUGAUGCUGCUGUUAAGAGUGUCAUGCCUGAGACAGAGAAGCUUUUAGAGUUUUCUAAGGUUCUUGCGGCCAAAAUGAAAGGGGCUCCUCCCCCUAAGAAUUAAGUUUUUGUGAACAACUUUAGUGUUGAUCAUGGAAGUACCUUAAUUAUGGCCACUGUUUUGUUGUUUUAGCUGAAAUGGCCUUUUGGUUUAUGGGGUACCUGAAAAGAAAUGUUGUGAGAAAUAAUUUGACAUGCUAAAGGAUGAUGCAGUGUGAACUAAGCUGUAGUUUUUAUAAUUUCCUUUUGGACUUUUGCGUGUCACAUUAAAAGCAUGGUUCCAGAUCAAUAGCUGCUGAUGCAUUAGCUGUUUUGAAAACUA